UCUUGUUGUGGUACCGCCAACAUCCCCACUCGUUGUUCAUCGAUCUCAUCAAGAUAAGAAGAAUAUCCCGACCAUGUCCGCCUUUGCUUCUCUCCCCCCCAUCCUCCAGCCCAAGGAGGAGGACAUCCAGCAGAUGCUGUCUGCCGGUGUCCACACCGGAACUCGUAACUCUGACUCUGCCAUGAUGGAUUACAUUUGGCGUCGUCGUUCCGAUGGAGUUCACAUUCUGAACAUUGGAAAGACCUGGGAAAAACUCGUCUUGGCCGCCCGUGUCAUUGCCGCCAUUGAAAACCCCGAAGAUGUCAUUGCCAUCUCCGCUCGUCCUUACGGAAUGCGUGCCGUCCUCAAGUUUGCCCAUUACACGGGAGCCCAAUCCAUUGCCGGACGAUUCACUCCCGGUACUUUUACCAAUCAAAUCACCAAGCAAUUCCGUGAACCCCGUCUCUUGAUUGUCACCGAUCCUCGAACCGACUCGCAGGCCGUCAAGGAAGCCUCCUACGUCAACUUGCCCGUGAUUGCACUCUGUGAUUCCGACUCUCCAUUGCAGUUUGUCGAUGUCGCCAUUCCUGCCAACAACAAGGGAAAGUACUCCAUUGGACUCUUGUACUGGCUUCUCGCGCGUGAAGUCUUGCGAUUGCGAGGAACCGUCUCGCGGGAAGUCGAUUGGGAUGUCCCCGUGGAUCUCUUCUUUCACCGUGAUCCCGAAGAGCUCAAAAAGAGUGAAGAAGAACAAGCUGCUAAAAUGGAUGAAGCUGCGGCCGCCGCAGUCACGGCCACCACCACGGUGCCCGUCUUUGAACAAGAAGGCGUCCCCGAUGGUGCCGGUGCUGUGGAUCCUGCUUUGGUCGAAGGAGCUGCCAUUGAAGGAGGUACUCCUGCUGCUACGGCUGGGUUUGAUGCCACGCCUGCCGAAGGAUACGCUGCCACCAGCUGGGAAGGUGAACAGACUGGAGCGGCAGCUGCCGCUGCUGCGGGUGCUGCCACCGAGUGGUAAACACAUGCACAUGAGUAUGUUCUACCGUAGCUUUGCUAGUAAUUAGGUAUCUCUUUUAUUAGUAUU